UCCCACUGCUGUUACACCGGCCCAUCUUGUCUCCACCUGCAGCCCACACACCUAACACACCCUCCUCUCCUCUACCACGCACAUCAUCUACACUCCCAUGUCAAGUUAUCUGGGUUAACUCUUGUUAAUGUUAGUCUUUCAUAAUUUUAUCUCAUGAUACUGGAGAUUUUCAAGUGACCAGCAGCUGGCAUGAGUGAGGUAUACUGGCAAGAUUUUAAUUAACCUGGUGGGGUUACGUCGCCAUGCAGGUGACCACCUCAUCGGUCAUGUGAUAGUAUCAUGCACACCAUUACAUGAUAUAACAGAGUUGGUGACGUGAAGUACCCAGCCAAGUGAAGUAGUGUGUGUGUCAACCUUACCAGUGUAACACAGUACAGUGACUUUAAUUCUAUUAGUGACAAAGAAAUGUGAUUUGCUGGUGUAUCAUUCAGCACUAAGAGACUAUCGAGUUAUGUAAAUUAACGUCUAUCACAUUAAAGUCGGUGUCUAAAGAAGAGAAUUACAGUAAAAAGUUCCCCUAGAGCUACACAUAACAAUAGCUUAUCACAUACACUUUACAGCAACUGUAUAUAUAGAAGGAAGAAGUCAGUAUUGCAGUAAGAUGCAAAAGUUGGUGUAAGUGGCGUUUGCUGUGUGUGUGGCGCAAUAAGAAAAUACUUCAGUCCCCACAAGAAUAACUCCAGGCCAGAGUACAGUGCCUGCGUUUAGUCCUGGUGUCAUCCCUCUCCGUCCUACAAGUGAGAGCCAGAGAUGUGUGUUUAUUACAUGCUAUCAACCAUGUCUACUCUGAUUUAAGGACGACCAAUUAAUCAAUGUUUUUGGUCUGUGUGGUCAGACAGAAUUAUAUAAGACAGCUAUUUUAUAUAAAACAAAAAGUGACAAUAAUCUUACGACACUCGCCAAGAGUCAGUAAUAAGUGAUACACGAGUCAGUGAUAAGUGGUAAAGACAUCAGCACAUGACGUCUCCGCCCACGGGCUCACCAGUUGGCUGACAGCGAGAGAGCAUUAUCAUAUUAAAGCACACAGCGCAGUGGCAGCAGCCUAAAGAUCCACGUCGAGGAAAAUGUGGUGGAGACCGGCGGCAACAUGGUGAUCACCUGCCCAAACAAUGGCAAGGUCUGCCAGCAACAAGAGUCUCCAGGGCACAGUGAGCAAGGCAACAAGUAUCUUCAUAGCCAGGAAUUUGACAACUCCCAGCAAGAGGUGCCGGAGAUGACUGAGCGACUCUUCAAGGUCAUCAUUAUCGGGGAUCCAACGGUGGGCAAGACAUCCUUCGUGCAGCGCUACGUCCAGGACUCCUUCAGGAGGGACUAUAAGGGCACCGUCGGCGUCGACUUCGCCCUCAAGAUCCUCAAAUGGUCAGAGUCGGAGACCAUCAAGUUACAACUCUGGGACAUCGCCGGUCAGGAGCGGUUCACGUGGAUGACUCGGGUGUACUACAAGGAUGCUCAGGGCUGCAUCAUUAUGUUCGACCUCACCAACCGCAACUCAUUCCUCAAUACACUUAAGUGGAAAAAAGAUGUCGACUCAAAGUGUACGCUCGACGAUGGCAGUCCCAUCCCCUGCAUGCUCCUGGCCAAUAAGUGUGAUCUGCCCCAUCGCCAGGUGGACCAGCUGGAGAUAGAGAAGCUCUACAAGGAACACAACUUCACCGGCUGGACCGAGACCUCUGCCAAGGAGGGGCUGAUGGUCACUGACUCUAUGAGGUUCCUGGUGGACGUGAUGAUGAAGCAGAAAGACGAACGGGAGGAUGACUCUGAUGAGACGUCCUUCCGACUGUCUCCUGCAGAAUUGGAGAAGCCCACGGCCUGCUACUGCUGAGUCUUGCUCCUCCUGCUCCUGUUGCUUCGGUGGUGAACUGGUCACCUCCUCCCCAUAGUGCGUCUGGUCAACCCCACCGAAGCAGAGGUGUUCCUUCUCUGAAGUGCAGGCUGUCUGCUGCUCGGGUCGCCCCCCGCCGCUCUAGAAAUCAGAACAAGCUGUUGCCACUGCUGUCAACACCGCUGCAUUAUCUUCCGGCUGUGUCUUACAACUCAUGCGAUGCAGGAACAUAAAGGCAGCUGCUGGUGAACGACGAGACUGUUCUGCAGAUGCUGUUUGGAAGGGACGCCGAGUUUGGUGCUGAGCAAGUUGGUGAGGAUAUUGAAAUUCAGGUCACGUUCCGAAUUGCCUUCAGCUGCACUACUGGCGGCUGAUGGGAGGACAAGUUGUGACGUCUGGAUCAUCGUGGGGUCUGAGUGUCGUAAUCCUCGGCAAAACUCUGCUGUCAAGUAUAAGGUCGUCAUCCUGAGGAGUCACUAUAACAGUGUGACCUCCACGACCACCAGUGACACCCCGUCCCUCUCUCCCUCCAACUUUCGUACCGCCAUUGGUGCCACUCUGAACAUACUAGUGACGAAGAGUUCUGCAAGUUUGUUAUUUUGAUGCAUUUAUAUCAUCCUGGUCUUGUGUUCGGCUGCCACCAAACAGCCAAAGGAAGUCAUAAGAAGCUUGGAAAAUAAGACAUUUCAUAAAUCACAUCUUCGAGAAAUUUAAAUUAUCUGAUCAGAAAAUCAAAGAACAGAAAUAGAUCAAGUAUGUCUGGUAGUUGACACGUCACUGUGUAAGGUAGACACAUACGAUGCUCAUGUCAACACAUUACCCUCACAUGGAUUCAUAACCUACCAAGGACCUGGGUGUCGACACUCCAGACUUUUGCACAUUAGUUUGUUUGCUUUAAUGUUAAAUCUCCCCCAGGAAUAAAAACAGUAACAGUUGUAUUUCUUCUAUACAAAAAAGUGUGUAGCGAGCUUGAUGGUGUAUUUGUGUUUAUAUGUAGAUUGUUUUCAUAUUAAGCAGGACAAUUUUAUACUUGUAAGAUAGCUUAAGGUAGGCUGAGGUCACCCACCCAUCUAUUUCCUCCAUCGGUGUUGAGUUUGAUGUUGUAUCGUAGCACUCAAGCAGUUACUCUCCACUCUAUAAAAACACUUUAUCAACGCCAGACGAACCUUCGCUUUUAUUCUGCCUGACUUAGCGUAAUUUUGUGUCAUGAGUGAUACAGUGUACGACAACUAAUCAAUCAUCCCAACAACAUCUCGAAAGAUAAGUGUCUGUUUUCAUUUAAUAUUCCCAUGACAUUCCUAUAAUCUUAUUUUUUUAGGGGGUAUGAGAUCUGAAUGUGACGGAGAAAGAUGCCAUUUUGUUUUAUCGUCACCAUUUUCAUUAUAUUUAGUGCAGUAAAAUAUUAUAUUGCUAACCAGUUGACUCCUCUCUCUCAACAGUAAACAUAAGACAACAUAUAACGGACUUAAGGACAACAAACCUAAUCACCUUAUAAACAUAUAAUUCAAUUCUACUUCAAAUCUUCUUUAUUUUGAUGGGAACAGUUCAUGUCUAUAAAAUAUGUAUGAUAGAAAAAGAUACACAUUUGCAUCCUAACAUUCAUAUAUAACUUUUUGCUCUCAAUAGAUACAAAAUUCUUGAAAAGGGAAGAAAUUGUAUUUGAGUAUUAAGAAAAUGUUUAGAGUUGUUGAAUUUAUAAUUAUAACUGUAAGCAAAUUAUGUCAAUAUUGUUAAGACUGGAAUAAAGGGAGCCUAAGCCUGCAA